AUGUCUCAUUUAUUGCACAAGGUCAAAGAUGCGGUGACGGGCCAUAAGGAACAUUCCGGCUCGGGAGGCCGUCAGGCUGGUGGUAGCUCCGACUACAGUAAAACCGCCCAGCAGGGAUCCAAUACUGGUGACUAUGGCAAGUCCGGCUCUAAUCAGUACGGCUCGAACACCGGCGACUACGGAAAGUCCAACACCGGGCAGUAUGGCUCCGGUACUGGACAGCAUGGCUCCGGCACUGGCCAAUAUGGAUCGGACACUGGACAAUAUGGCUCCAACACCGGGCAGUAUGGCUCCAAUACUGGACAGUAUGGCUCCGGCACUGGCGCCGGCACUGGCGACUACGGCAAGUCCAGUACUGGCCAGUACGGCUCGGGUACCGGCGACUACAACAAGUCUAGCAGCGGCCAGUAUGGCUCAAGCACCGGCGACUACAACAAGUCCAGCACCGGCCAGUACGGCUCAAGUACCGGCGACUACGGCUCCAAGACUAGCUCUGGCCAAUAUGGCUCGGGUGACUACGGCACGUCCAGCUCUGGCCAAUAUGGCUCCGGCACUGGCGACUACGGCAAGUCCAGCUCUGGCCAAUAUGGCUCCGGCACUGGCGACUAUGGCCAGUCCAGCACCGGCCAGUACGGUCGGAAGAGCGAUGACUAUAGCCCCAAAUCUAGUGGCGGUGGGAACUACGGCUCUGGCACUCAGGACUACUCCUCGGGCAAUAAAUACGGCUCCCAGACUGGCUCCGGUGACUAUGGAUCUCAAACUUCAGGCGGCUAUGGAGCCGGAUCUAAUGAGUAUGGGUCGAAAACCUCGAGCAAGGAUACCUCUGGCACCGGCUAUGGGGCGAAAGGCAGUGACUAUGGAUCCAAGCCUAGCGGAAAUUAUGGAUCCAGCACCGGUGAGUACGGAGGCGGAGGCGGAGGCGGAGGCGGCUACGGCUCUGGCAACACGGGGAGCUACAACAAGACUGGAUCCGGAUCGAACACCUACGGCUCUGGCAUGGAGGAGAGCUACGAUUCCCGCAACGCCACGUCGUUCAACACCCAGAGUCUGGGCGGCGGCGGCGGCAGCAGCGGCGUAACCGGCGGGACAUCCAACCAAUAUGGUUCCUCCGCGAACAAGAUGGGAAAUACUCAACGGAGUCAGUGGGUGCAGAGGUGGAAUGUUUUUAAUGAUUUACCCGAGUCCCUUGUCUUCAUGAAUUCACUGUCUGAACUGUAUACCACAAAGAUGGCCCGGGGCUACUUCAUGCCCGAUUAG